GAUCAGCAGACAAACAAAAGCACAAGGGACAGACAUCCGUUGAUGAAGCAAGGCGUCUGGAAGUUUUCAAAAAACAUUCCAACAUUAGCUCCUCAGCCUCGCUUCUACAGUAUCCUUGCCUAGUCCUCCUAGGCCUUCUAGACCUUCUAGAGACGCCACACCGCCAACUCAACCACUUCUAUCAAGAUGAGAUUCCUCUGCCUUCCCGGCGCCUACGGCAGUGCCGAUAAGUUCCAGGUGCAGCUGGCGCCAAUCCUCAAGGAGCUGACCAAUGACGGCACCGCGACCUUCUACUUCACCCACGGGCCCUGCAAGGUCGAGCCGCCCGAGGGCUUUGAGGAGUUCUUCGGCGAGCCGCCUUACUACCGCUUCAUCGAGCCGGACGAGGUGGCGGCCAAGAUACAGGACAACGACGUGCUCUCGCGCAUCCGCGACUUCCCGCGCGGCGAGACGGCAGAAGACACGAUGCGCGAGCUCAUGACGGUGGGCGUCGCCACCUCGCACCGAAGUACCAGCCGCGCCAUCAAGUACCUGAGCGAGGUCAUCGCCCGCCGCGGGCCCUUUGACGGCAUCAUCGGCUACUCCGAGGGCGCUACCGUCGCGUCCACCUUUCUGCUCCACGAGCAGCGCCGCGCCGCCCGCACCGGUCAGCCGUCGUGCCUCAAGUACGGCAUCUUCUUCGCCGGCUGGCCGCCCGUCGACCCGACCACGCAUGGCCUCGUGCUUUCGGAUGAGACGGAGGAGCGCAUCGACAGCAGGACGCUGCAUAUAGUCGGAUCCCUAGACCCAUAUCUGGACGGGUCCAUGGCGCUGUACAACGUCUGCGAUCCCGACACAGCGUACCUCUUUGAUCACGCCAAGGGCCAUACCCUGCCACGCGACCGGGAAACGAUCAAAGAGCUGGCUGAUGUUGUCCGGGAGGCCAUUUCCGAGAUGAAGGAGGAGGGCCUGUUAUAG